GGGGGCCUCCGCGCCAACCUCGUCACACAGUGGGACCUGGUGUGUGCCUCGCGCUGGAAGGUGCCCCUGGAGCAGACCACGCACCUGCUGGGCUGGACACUGGGCAGUGUCACCGCCGGCCUGGCCUGUGACAGGUUCGGCCGCCGUCCCACCUUCCUGCUGUGCCUGGCGCUGGCCGUGCCCGCGGGGCUCGGCGUGGCACUGGCCAUCAACUUCCUCAUGGUGCUGGUGGCGCGGCUGCUCUUCGGGGCCGCGCUGGCAGGAGCCUUCCUGGCGCUCUACGUGGCACGGCUGGAGCUGUGUGACCCCCCGCACCGGCUGGGGGUGACGAUGGUGGCCGGGUUCUUCUGGAUCGCCGGGGAGCUGCUGCUGCCGGGGCUGGCCCUGCUGUGCCGGGACUGGCGGGUGCUGCAGGGCGCUGUCACCAUGAUCCUGGCCCUGCUGGCUGCCGGCUGGUGGUGCCCGGCGCUGCUGCUGGAGUCACCGCGCUGGCUGCUGGCCACACGGCAACUGGAGAGGGCCAGGAAGACCCUGCAGGCGCUGGCCGACGACAACUGCCCCCAGGAGAGCCUCCUCACAGAGCUGGAGGCCCUGUCCGAGGAGCCCCCGCGGCCCCGGUACCACUCCGUGUGUGAGAUCUGCGGCACCAGGGUCAUCUGGAAGAACGGCGUCAUCCUCGGCUUCGCGGCGUUCAUCGGCUCCGGCAUCCGCCACUGCUUCACCCGCAACCUGGCCCCGCACCUGCCGCACUUCUUCUCCUCACACCUGGUGCUGCUGGGCACGGACCUGCCGCACUUCUUCUCCUCGCACCUGGUGCUGCUGGGCACGGAGGCGGCCGCUUGCCUCUUCGUGUGCCUGACCGCCGAGCGCUUCGGGCGCCGCGCCAUCCUCCUGCUCUGCACCGUGCUCACCGGCAUCUCCUCCCUCCUGCUGCUCGCCCUCACCCAGUACCUGCUGGAGCUCAUCGUGCUGACCCUGUCCGUGGUGGGCACGGCCGCCUCCCACGCCGUCACCAUGCUCAGCAUCUUCUUCGCCAGCGAGGUUCUCCCCACCGUGGUCAGGGGCGCCGGGCUGGGGCUGGUCCUGGGGGCCAAUUUCGUGGGCAAAGCCGCGGCGCCCAUCACCGCCAUCCCCAACAGCCGCGGCUUCUUCCUGCACCACGUCGUGUUCGCCUCCUUCGCCAUCCUGGCCGUGCUCAGCAUCAUGCUGCUGCCCGAGAGCCAGGGCCGCAGCCUGCCCCAGUCCCUGCAGGACGGCGAGAGCCAGCGCCGGCCGCCCCUGUUCCGCCGCCCCCCGCCCGAGGACCACCUGCCCCUGCUGGCCCCCCACGCCACCCCCCGGAGCAGCGGUGCUGGGAGCCCUGGGGCGGGGGUGAAGCCCCCCCGGGGGUGCUGCCGGCUCCCAAUAAAAGUGCCUUUGUUUCUACGGGCCGCUGGUGUGGGGGGGUCACACGCCCCCGCCACCAACCCGCGCUCUUUAUUGUGGGGGUCUCCUCGCCCCCUCCCCGGCUGUGUGGGGCUCACCCGGGCGUCCCCCCAAGGUUUGCUGCGCUGGGCUCUGCGGGUGUGA